UGGGACGAAGAAUAUAUUAAUUAAAAAUUUUGGAAAACUCAAUGAGAUGCGAGAGUGUCAAAUAGAAAGGCUCACAUGGAAGAGAUCAAGAGAAAAGCUCAUUCUGCAAACGAAAAUGAACCAGAAAUCAUCACUUACCUGAGUUACUCAUCUGAAAAAACCAAAUCAUAACUCUUCCACCUUCCACAAGAUUGAAACUUUUGCUCAUCCAGAGCUGCAUUUAGGCAGAUUGCGUCAGCAUUUUCCAAUGUCACAGCCCUCAAAUUGUACUAUCAUGGAAGAAAGAGAAGAGCAGAUGGUUUCACCCACAGGCGGCGGAGGAGGUGAAAGAAACCCUGACAUCACUUUCCGGCUUGCCCAUUUUCUGUCUCCGAUGGUGACUUCCGAUAACAGUCUCUGGCCUGAGGUUCCAUCAAGUACAGUCUCAUCUCCUGAUUUCAACCUCGGUGAUACUAAAAAGGGAAACCUCAAGGUGCAAUUUCCUGGGUGGAGGGUUCCAUCGGAAAACUGGAAAACUUGGACGGAUCGGAUGAAUUCUUUGUACCAUUCUGCGUGGAAAAAAGCUGGGAUUUUUGAUGCAGUUAUGAAUUCAACUUACAAAAUCCCUCGAAACGAUGAGAUAAUCCAUGGGUUUGCCGAAAGAUGGUGUCCCGAAACCAAUACAUUUGUGUUCCCUUGGGGGGAAGCCACCAUAACCUUGGAGGAUGUUAUGGUUUUAGGUGGUUAUUCUGUUCUUGGCGACCCUGUUUUUGUACAAAGCCCCGAAUCAGAGGAAGGUGAAAAGGAGUUACUUAGAGCAAGAUCAGAAUUUAUUCAGUCCAAGUCUAGGAAGCCCUGGUCGAAUGGUUGGUCCCAGAAGUUCAUGGAUAGCGGAAGUAACAUUGAGCAUGAAGCAUUUCUUGCCUUGUGGUUGUCAAGGUUUGUAUUCCCUUCGAAAACUCGACAAAGUUCAGUAGGAAGGCAUGUUUUUUCUACUGCAGUUCAUCUAGCUAGAGGCACUAAAAUUGCUCUUGCUCCUGCUGUUUUAGCUAGUGUCUAUGCAUAUUUGAGUGAGAUGAAAAGGGCUCUUGUAAUUAGUGCUUCUAAAAGGCUUCAGACUAUGAAAGGGAAUAAAAAAGAUGAGACUGUGGAACUAUCAAUUUUUGCCCCAUUUCAGUUAGUCCAGAUUUGGGUAUGGGAGAGAUUUGUUUCCUUGAGGCCAAAACCUUUGCCUUUUGAAACUGAUCAGCCUAGGUUUGCUAAAUGGAAUAAUUUGAGGGUUAAGAACAAUGGAGGUGUCAAAUCAUCUAUAGAUGAAGCAGGUGAUUUGUUCCUUUGGCGGCCUUAUGCUGUGGGUAGCAAGAGCUUAUUUCCUCAUGAGAUUUACAAAAAGGAGGCAAGGUGGAUCACAGUUGAUUCUGGCAUUGAUGAAGAACAAGAGAUAUUUGUAAGAUGGCUGAGGGUGAGUGAACUUGUGGGAAUAGAUUCUAACUUCAUUGAACAGUAUCUCCCACAUCGAGUAGCUAUGCAAUUCGGCUUUGAUCAAGAUGUUCCUGGUCUUGUACCACGGGUUAACUCGAGCCAAAUUUUGGCUUGGGAAAAUUACAAUCGGAAAAUUGUAGAUGGUAGAUUGUAUGUUCCAUCUCGGCUCUUUGAGUCGGAUGUUACAACUCGCUAUCUAGAGUGGUGGAAGAAUUGGAAUUGCAGACCUGUCUUGAGUGGUGAUCCUGUAAUCACCAAUGUCCUUGGAGCAAACUCUAUUAAGUCUAAGAACUUAGGAAUUGGUACUCAGCUGAGCUCUUCACUUGACAAAUUACCUCUUAAGAGGAAGAAGAUAUCUGAUGUUGAGGGAUUGUCCAACAAAAGUCGAAAAGUUUCCAAGCGAUUUAAGAGUUUAUCGGAUGUAUUGAAGGAUGCUGCUUUUGCCUCUUCAGGUUUGUCCCCAAAGACUAAUCAAGAGGGAAUGCAGCCCUCAGAGGAUACUGAUAGACAGCACCAAACUGAACUUUUGAGGAAUGCAUCAGGCAGGAAGCAUAAAGCUUUAAAUGUGAUCAGAUUAACUGGUUCAGACUAUAGAAAGGCCUUUACAAAACAAAUGAUGUCUAGGAGCAAGCAAAAAGUUGUGGGAAGUGAAAACAGAAAUCUUGAAAAAUGCAGGGCUAAGGAGUUGCUCAGAUCAAGAGAUUUUCUGAGCUCAUCAGAAAAGAUUUUGAAUGAAGAUGGUGCUGUUGUUAAUUCAGGUUUCCAUGAUCAAGAAGAAACGCUGCAUUCUGAGGAACUUUGUGAAUCAGGAAUGACAGACAAAGGCUCAAAUGGGAUCAAUCCUUCUGAUUUGGAACACAAAAAUGCCAGCUUUGAAGAUGGAAUGAAAGACAAAGGCAAAGGCUCAAAUGGGAUCAAUCCUUCUGAUUUGGAACAUAAAGAUGCCAGCUUUGAAGAUCGAAUGAGGCUUAACAACCUGCAAAAGACUCCGGAGAGUGAGAAGAGAAGUUCCAUGAAAGGAUUGGAAUGUGAGGAUCAAGAGUCCAAGCCUGACAGUAACAAGGAGCUCAUCAACUCGAACACGAUAAAUGAAAGAAAAUGCAAGUUAGGUACUCUUAAAGACCUACUUACCCAAUGGGAUACUGACUUUACCAAUCUAGAGAACAUUGUGGCAGAGUAUAAAAGAAACCAUGUCAAUGCAAAAGAUGAUAAAUGAAAUUAGUUCGGUAGUAAACAAAAAUGCACCUCAAUUAAUUUCCGCUGGUGGUUGGAUUUUGCUAAUCUUUGGAUGCCGUUUUGUGUCUAAUUUCUGUUUCCUAAUUUGCUCAAUAAUGUAUUGUAGGAUGUAAAUGUUGCAAUAGGAUCUAGAGCAUCCACAAUGGUUUAUAUUAUUGUGAGUAUAAUAUCAUAGAUUUUCAAUAAUAUACUUCUAUUCCACUUUUCAUUAUAUUGGUUUACACCGUAAAAAAUAUAAUAAAAUGAAAUAAUUUUAAUAUAAACAUAAAUUCAUAUUAAAUGCAUUUUGACAC